AUGCCACGGUUUAUAGAAAAUCAGCGUCUCCGCGCUGUGUAUAUGCUGGAAAAGACAACCAUACAGGAUGUUGUGGCCCCUCUCAAGCAGGAGAUACGUGAUUUGAGAGUCGAACUCCACCUCAAGACUGACGAGCUAGAACAGUACAGUCGGAGGAACUCUUUGAGGAUAUCGGGAAUCAAGGAACCCAAGUGGGGAGAGGAGGACGAAAAUAUUGAGGAAGUUGUGCUGGAGGUGCUUAAGGAUGUGCACUCGGAUAUUUCACCCACAUAUAUUGACAGGUGCCACCGGGUGGGCAAGAAACGGCGAGAACAGAACAGGAGCAUAUUGGUGAAGUUUGUGAGUUAUUGGGACAGAAACAAAGUGAUCAGGAACAAGUUCAAGCUCAAGGGUAAAAGAGACAAUAUCUACAUCAACGAGGAUCUGACAAAGUACAGAAAUCAUCUGUUCAAGCUCGCCAGAGAUCUGAAGAAGGAGCAGAGGAUCUAUUCCACCUGGACAUACGAUGGCAGGGUUUAUAUCUGUGAACAGUUGGAAGGACUCAUUCGUGUCAUUCAAAGUGAGUCUGACCUCGACAAAUAUAGGCGUCAGUAA